AUGGCGCAGCACUAUGAUGGUCUGUCCCACUGUAAGCUGGCCCUGGCGUUUGCCAUAUUGAUGGACCUGCUAGGUGUGUCUGCUCUGCUGGUCGGGGUCUUUGCCCCAUUAGAGAUUAAGGGACAGGACUUUGGGGACCUGCUGGUGUACUCUGGGGCUCUACUGAUGCUCAUGUCCCUGGGAGGAUGGGUCAUGUGGUACAGCGGGAACCUCGAGGGCCUGACCUCCAAGAAGGAGCUAGGGGGAACCAUGGGUGCCAUGGACCGGCUGGCCCGCUCCCUCAGCCGCAGGAUACGACUCCCCAGGAGCCACAGCAGCCCCUCAUGA